AGUGGUGCUCACAGGCCGGGUCUUGUAAGAGGGCGGAAAGAGCUUCGUGCGGGACGCUCCUAGGGUAGUAAUGGCGAGGCCUGGGCGCGUAGCGCGGGCGACCGCGCGGCCGGCCGGUCUUGGAGGCUCGGGCCAGCCGCAGGCGCGGCGGCAGCAGCAGUCUCAGGGACAGCAGCGCUCGCCCUCGCGGCCGGGACAGCGCAGCAAAGAAAAGAAGAAAGUGAAUUGCAAGCCUAAGAACCAGGGUGAGCAAGAAAUCCCCUUCCGGCUCCGAGAGAUUAUGAGGAGCCGACAGGAGAUGAAAAAGACGCUCAGUAACAAGAAGAGGAAAAAGGAGGCCCAGGUGGCUUUCAAGAAGACAUUGGAAAAGGAAGCAAAGGGAGAGGAGCCAGACAUCGCUGUCCCCAAGUUCAAGCAAAGGAAGGGGGAGUCGGAUGUGGCCUACAUUCAGCGCAUGGAGCAGGAGGCCCAGCACGUGCUGUUCCUCAGCAAGAACCAGCCCACUCGGCAGCCAGAGGUGCAGGCAGCUCCUAAGAAGGAGAAGUCUGAGCGGAAGAAAGCGUUCCAGAAGCGACGACUUGAAAAGGCCCAGAAGAAAAGGGAAGCAAGAGCAGUGGACAGAUUGGAGCAGGAGCUACUGAAAGAUACGGUGAGGUUUGGAGAAGUUGUGCUGCAGCCCCCAGAGCUGACAGUGCAGCCCAGAAGGAGCACAUGCAGAGAUGCGCCUGGCAAGAAAUCACUAAUGCUGAAGACGCUGUUGGGCUAUGGUGGUGCGCCUCCUGCUCCAGCCACCUCUCUGGCCCGCCAGCGCAUCCUGGGGGAAGAGCGGGAACGGGCUGUGCAGGCUUACAGAGCCCUGAAGAAGCUGCAUCGACAGGAAGUGAGUCCUGCACAGCCGCCAGGCGGCUCUUCCCAGAGGCAGGUCCAGGCUUGUCUGUGAUGCAGAGACCAAGGGGUCCGAUCCCCUGGAAACUGAUCUGGGAGUUGCUAGACCUGGGAAAAGGAAAGGCCAGGCCACAGAUGUUCAUUCCCAAGAGGAAGCUUUCAGUUUGGAUGGGUGCUUUUCCUUCCUCUGAGGAUUGUCCUUAUAAGAGUGACCACCACUGUAUCCCAUCUCAUACAGGGCAAGUCCCCCCAACACGUGCCUGAGACACAGCUGGGAGGGCUGGUAUUUUCCCUGAGCCUAAGUUCAUUCUGAAAUAAGUCUCUGCUGAGACAAGCCAGGACUACUGUAGAAUGACUCAAUCCCUUAAUCCAGCCAGUUACUGAAGCUGCUAGUGUGGGUCAGCCUGUUGUUUGAAGGGGUUCCCGUGGGUUCACUGCAACCAUUGGAAGGCAGGGACAAGCAGGUUAGUGGGCUAGCGGAAGAGCAGAUCUACCAGGGGCAAGGCGGGGCUGGCAGUCACCGCCUUUUUUUAAUUUGCCUGCAGAGUUCUGUACAAAUGACCACAACUUUCAACCCACGUUUAGUUUGGAUAGAGACGGGGUUUCAGUGCUGAAUGAGUGCCUUGAGGUAUACACAUGGAACCAGGUUUCAGCAGUUGACAGAGCAGAGUAUUUAUACCAAGAUGGUAGAGGCAAAAAGAAGUCAGAGUUCAAAGCCAGUCUUUUUUUUUUUUUUUUUUUUUUUUUGGUUUUUUGGAUUUGGUUUUUUUCCAGACAGGGUUUCUCUGUGUAGCCCUGGCUGUCGUCAAACUCAGAAAUCUGCCUGCCUCUGCCUCCCAGAGUGCUGGGAUUACAGGCGUGCGCCACUAAAGCCCGGCUCAAAGCCAGUCUUGAAGUAAAUGUGAGGCCUGGGUGAAUAGGUUAGCAGUGUCUCUAAAACCCUUACUGGCCCUCAAAAGUGCUAAGCCUGGACCCUGCUGGGGAAGCCCAGUCCUCUAGCAGACCUAAGAGCUUCCCUUCAGCAAAGCUGAGCCUGGAGCCCAAGUGGGGUGGUUUUAGUCCCUCUUCCAAAUGUGCAUUUUCCAGAGUGAAGUUUAUUAAAGUUUUUCUCUCUGACAUGUUCACUCACAGCCCCAGUCAGCAUGUCACUGUGACAGAAUGAGCCAGUGUGCCCAUAUACACCCCACAGUAGCAAGGGCCAGAGUAGGGUACAUCAGAACUAGGGCCAGGGCCUGGGAUCCACUGUUACCAGAUGGUGUGGGCUUUUGUGUUCUUUAGAAACAAUGUAUCCAUGAUUCUGAAGCACAGCUGGUCAACUGUGAGCUGCAUUAAAGGAUUCUGGGUAAUUACCUUUUAAAGAGCCCAUGCCUUUAA